AUGUCAUUCGAAUCUGCUGCCAAAGAAGUGCUGUUGAAGCAAUUUUUCAGUCCUUCCAACACCAAGCGCAGGCCUCGUUAUGUUCUUGUGAUUCAUGGAGGUGCAGGAACUAUCACAAGGCAAGGUUCCUCUGAUGAACAACAAGCUGCAUACAAAUUGGCGUUGUCGCAGGCGUUGCUUGCUGGAUACAAACUGUUGAAUGAGGGUGCCGAUGCCAUCGAUGCUGUUGUUGCUGCCGUUUCUGUUAUGGAAGAUGACCCUCUUUUCAAUUCAGCAAAAGGUGCAGUAUUCAAUAUCGAAGGAAAGAUCGAAUUGGAUGCAUCUAUAAUGGUGUCGAAGCCGCCAUUUUCUCAUCCAGAAAUUCCAAGCAACCGACGUGGCCUUGGGCUUACCCUCUUGACACGGACAAAGAAUCCUUCUCAUUUAGUUCGCUCUCUUUAUCUUGCCCCUUCACUAGCACCCCACACACUCUUGUCAGGUGCGACAGCUGAACGCUUAGGUCAAAGCCUGGGUGAAACACUUGUAGACCCAUCUUACUUUUUUACCGAACAUCGAUGGAAAGAGCAUCGACGUGGUUUGGGUCUUCCAGAGGAACCAGUGCCGCAGCCUGGUAUACCUCUGGUUACUGCUCCCCAGACUCCCCUGGACGCCUACCCUACAGGUACUGUAGGAGCAGUGGCUCUUGAUGUACAUGGAUGCAUUGCCUCCCUCACAUCUACUGGAGGCAAAACCAACAAGCUGGUAGGACGUAUUGGAGAUACGCCUCAGAUGGGAAGUGGGUUCUGGGCGGAGGAAUGGCCCGAAACCAAUAUUAUUAGACGUCUUUGGAGGAAGUUUCGUGGCUUAAGCUCUUUGAAUCGAGGUGUUGGUGUCUCUGGGACAGGGGAUGGUGAUUAUUUUAUUAGGAGGUCUGCUGCGGUUACAAUUUCUCAUAGGGUCCGCUAUCUACACGAAUCGCUAGAAGAGGCUACAAGGCAUGUUGUACAUGAUUUACUUGCCGAGGGUGGCCUAGGGGGGUUCAUUGCCCUAGAUUUGGAUGGAAACGUUUCGAUGCCUCUUAACUGUGGAGGAAUGUAUCGUGGAGUCAUUAGGGAAGACGGAAUUGCGAAAACAGCUAUUUUCGCUGAUGAAGACGUUGCAUAG